UGUAAGUCCUGCCCUGUACAUAUUUUGAUGGUCUUGGAGUAUAUAAGUUAUACAGCGAAUUACAAAAAUAGUAAAAUAUUUUCUACAACAUUUUACGAAGGGUAACAAAAAUAAGGUAUUUACUUUUGGAAACCCCUUACUUGUAGUAACGAUAAUAAUUUUAUACAAAAAUAUGUAUAUGAAUAAAUAAAUUUUGCCUACAAACCAGUGAUGUUACUACAAAACAGAUGUCCUGUCAAAGUCACGUGACCAUUUCUUAUGGUAAACAAAAAGUUAGUCAAAAUUUCAGGUUACUAUAAAUAAAAAUUAAAAUUUUGCAAAAAUCCGGUAUAAAUCGUUAUUUUUGUCAAAAAUACAAUGUCCCGAGAAGUGGUAAAAAUGAAACAAGGCAUGUCUUAUUCAUGCAAAGAGAAAAUUAUAAUUCUUAACGUGUUUAAAUACUUCAGUAAAAUGCACCCAGAAAAAUGUGUUACUGAAAUUGUAAGGAGAACUUCUAAAGCAACAGGGUGCAGUGAGAAAAGUAUUUUCCAAUUUAGAAAGGAAGAAGAUAGUCCUCAGGGAUUUAAAGAACCAUCAAAAACCAAAGUAAGAAAGAACCUCAAUAUCAAUAGUAGAUUUUUAAAAUAUGAUAAGGAGGUAAGAGAAGCAAUUAAGGAAAUUAUUUACGAUUUGAAAUAUAGGAACAUAGUACCGAGUUUAAGUACUAUAUUGAAACAUGUUAAAUCCAACAGUAACCUACCAAAUUUUUCAUUAAUGACUCUAAGAAGGCUGCUUUUUGAUAUGGGCUUCUACUAUCAAAAGCAGAAGAAUACCAACAAAGCUAUUUUGGUUGAGAAAAAUAAAGAGAAUGCAGAAGAUCCAAAGACACAUAUACUUGAAACGAAGGAUGAAGUACAGUGUGUUAAACCAAAUGAACUUGAAAAAAUGACUGAUAAAUCGACCAACAUGCCUGAGGCAAUACCACAAAACCAUACAUAUAUGCCAAAUCCUAACCAUGGACAUGUGCCACUGUUGCAUUUCGGACAAAACGAAAACCACAUAAUGGAUGGGGUUCCUGUUGGCUUCCAGCACCAGAUGAUGCUGGAUCCUAGAAUACAUCAUCCUAUCCAUCCCAUUCCUCACAGCAUGGGUUUUUUGCAGUAUCCAUCUCAUCAUCAUAACAUGGUUACUCAGCAAUGACAGGUUAGUUUAUUUGU